ACAAAGACCCUUUUGUAAAUUUUUUUUACGCCAAAUUACCUUGCGCCGAUACGUUUAAAUGAGUGUUGACAAUUUAAAGUAAAACAUGCGAAAUGGCAGGUGAAAUCAUUCCAGGCAAGGAAAAUGAAUUUCAUGCAUUAAAUACAUCUGAAAUUGAAGGAGAUAUCCAUGUAGCCGGAAUUUCGAUUGAAGAAGAAGAUCAAAGCACUUUAGAUGAACCCAUAACUCAAACUUUAAGAAGAGACUUGACAGCUAUAGUUUCGAAGUUUCUUCAUGUUAUUGUUCCAAGACAAAAAAAGUCUUUGCUACGUGAUUGGGAUUUGUGGGGUCCACUGAUUUUAUGUAUUUUGUUAGCCACACUCCUGCAAGGUAGAGAGAGUGAUGGUGCACCACAGUUUGCUCAAGUUUUUGCUGUUGUCUGGGUAGGUUCUGGAGUGGUCACUUUGAAUUCAAAACUUUUAGGUGGCACCAUUUCAUUUUUUCAAAGUGUUUGUGUUCUUGGUUAUUGUGUUCUUCCGCUUGUGGCAGCACUUAUAGUCUGUAAGAUACUACUUCUUGCAAAAAGCACAACAUUGUUAUUUACCAUUAGGUGUCUGGUUGUUAUGGUGACAAUGAUAUGGUCAUGUUUUGCUUCUCUGGCGUUUCUUGGCGACAGCCAACCACAUAAUCGCAAGCCCCUAGCAGUUUAUCCAAUUUGUUUGUUUUAUUUUGUUAUCAGCUGGCUGGUCUUAUCGCACUCUGGAUGACUGUUAUAAGUUUUGCUUUACAUACACAAGAUUAUUAAAGUAGCGGACAUUGCAAGAUUGUUCAACGCUCGUGAGAAUAAGAUGACCUGGUUUUUAUGAGAAUUUUCUUAAAUAGAAUCAAAAGGUUCUUACUGAAAUGAUUAAACAUUUAUUUAUUUUUUUGUAAAUAUAUAUUUCAUGUAUAAUUUUAAAUACCGGUAAAAUAA